AUGGCCAGCAUCAAUUGUGGUAGGUUGGCAGGCCGAUCCAUACGCCUGCUCUUCUGGUUAAGCAUCACCCUAAUAUCCGGCAUCGCGCUACUCGGCACAUGCUAUGCGAUCUACCAGCUAUUCCUCGUCAAAACAAUUGUAACCACCACCGACACCGGCCCCACGCCCACUGGGGCCCGUGUGUACCGCAUGCAUUGGCAAGAGCAAUCCACAUACGAGGCCAAAAUGUACGCUUCCACCAGACUAAACUAUUAUGAAAAUACGACCGACUUUUUUGAGACAGCCCAGAUGCUCUGGCACAUCGAACCGCAGAGCCUGGAGAACAAGUACCCACUGCUUCAGCAUAGCGCCAAGGUCAAAAUCCCGGCGUCAGUUUAUUUGGACACUGAGCAUGACAGCACGCUCUACCUUCACUUGUUCAUGCAAAUCGCGGGCCAGUUCACGCCACAUCCAAACACCACCGAUUCACAGAUGGUCACCGCCAUCGCUGCGAUUGCCUGGUGGCAGAACCCGAAUACCACGCGGGAAUUAGUGUUGGAUACGUCGAUGGAACCGCAAUUCGAUUUGAUAGCUGCGACCAACGUACCCUGGGCUAUUGUGCUCGAAGACCACGCAUACAAGUACAGUGAGCUGCCCAGGCACAUUCUAUACCACCAGUUUUUACAUACCGAAUGGGGCAAGCAGUUUUUUACCACGUAUAGACCGCCGCUCCUGUUGAAUCAGUACACGCGGAAUCCAGCUGACUUUAUACCAGUUUCGAUUCUCCGCAGCAAUAAGACUGCUGCUACUGCUGAUAAUGAUGACGCACCGAGCGAGCUGGCAGUCGAGAUGGAGCUUGAACUGCAGGGCAUUAGGCAAGGGUGGAUUGUGAUCAAGGACAUGGCUUUGCAGUUGGGUAACUCUGGCCGUGACUACAAGCACUAUUGUUUGGACCUGCAGGACCUUGUCGUGGCCCAUGGUUACCCUACUUUUUACGAUAAUGACGGCGACGGUGAUAAUAACAGCGAAGAGAGAUCUCACUACAGGCCGCUGACUAUGGUUGAGAAAAACGGCAUGCCAAUCCUGAUUAUCGCGAGUGUGCUCAUGUUGGCAUAUGCGGUUAUGAUUGUUAUUCAGUUAAAGGUGGCCUUGGAGUACUGGGUUGGUCCAGUGUCUAAUUUUGACGGCAUUUCGCGCGCGGCUAUUAUUCUUUGCUGUACAGAUAGCAUGCUUCGCUGCAUGUACGUCUAUCUGAAUAACGACAUUUGGAAUCCUGACGCAUUAAUUUCUGUUGUAAGCACAAUGUCGGUUUUGUUUCAUAUCCGGAGACCUUUCUCAGGAUUCAAAAUUCCGUCCUGGUUUGGCGGGCGUGUUCAGGGACAAAAGCCGCCUGUGGAGAUCACCGCCGAUGCUGACAGUCGCACAGCCGUUGAUCAGCAGUACGCUGUGUCAAAAGAUCAGGAUACAGUUGUUGUAACCAAAGCCAAACAACAGAGACAUAUCAUUGAAUUGCGCAAAGAGACUGACAAAGCCACCAUGUACUGGAUGCGUGCCAUUGCCCUUCCUGUUCUCAUUGCUACCUCAGCGUAUGCCUUUAUUGAAAACGACAAGAAUGUCUGGGAGCUUGGAUACGUUCUAAAAGUCAUAUCUAGCAGUAUAUACGUGGUGGUCUGGUUCGAAUUGUUACCGCAAAUCCUGGUCAAUUACCGCGUCAAGUCUGGGUCCUUGAUGCCCGCAGCUAUUACGAUCUGUGGGGUCGGCCAGUACUUGGUCGGGAUAAUGAUGGACAUCUGA